AUGAAACUUCAAAAUAAUCUAAAACAAUUUAAAAAGCUUAAUUGUCACACAGAAUUAUAUAAAGAAGAUCCAUCAAUUCUUAUACGACGUAGCUUGCGAAUAAGACGACAAAAAAAUAAACCAAUAUAUAAUUUUAAAAAGAAAUAUAUAUAUCGUAAAUAUUAUUAUGAUUCAAAACGAACAGAGAGCACUUCUUUAUCUUUGAUUAUAUUAGAUGAUAUUAAUGAUGAAUUGUUACAAGUAAAUAUGGAGCAAAAUUAUUAUAAUGUAAGUAUCGAAGGAAAGAAAUCACCGCUUCACAAAUAUUGUGAAAAUUGUCAUUCACCAAAACCAAAUGAUUUUUGUACUUUUUGUGAGAAGGAGGAAAUAUUAUUACGUUUAAGUGAGCAAUCUCAACGACAAAUGCAAUUUUGUGAAAAAUGUAAUUCGUUAUUUUCAAGUAAUUAUUGUAUUUCUUGUAAUAAUAAAUUAUAUAAAGAUAAAGAUUUUGAAGAAAUAGAAAAUGAAGAAAAAUCAAGUCAAUCUUCUAUUAUGAUAAUAAAUGAUGAAUAUAUUGAGAAAGAACAAGUAGCUUCUUCACAAAAUAGAGGAAUAUUUGAUUCUGUAAUUCAAAAAUAUUCUUAUACUCCAUUACAAGUUGGUUAUAUAAAUAAUAAUGAAAUUUUUUGGUCAGAUAAUGAAUUAUCAAUGAAUGAUAGCAGUAACAGUAAUUCAGAUUGUUCAGUUAUUUAG